AUGCUGAUCGUCAAGUCGCCGCCCGACCAGAAGGGGGCGGCGCCGGCGGCGGAGGGGGACGCCGGGGGCGGGCGCUGGAGGCGGCUGGUGUGCGCGCGGGCGCGCGCCUGCUGCCGCGGCCUGGACACGCGCACGGCGCUGGUGGUGCUGGGCGCGCUGCACGUGUCGCUGGGGAUGCUGAUGGCGGCGGCGGGCGCGCUGGGGGCGGCGCGCGGCGCGGCCGUGGCGGCGGCGGGCGCGGCGCUGUGGGGCGGCGGCGCCGCGGGCGCGGCGGGGGCGGCGGCGCUGUGGGCCGGGCUGCGCGGGCGCGGCGCGCGCGGCGCCGCCGCCUUCCUGGCGCUCAGCCUGUGCGCGCUCGCGCUCUCCAACCUGGUGGCGGUGCUGGCCGCCGUGGGGCUCGCCAGGGACGCAGCCCGCGCCCGCGACCUGCCGGACGCCAAGGUGUCCGGGUCGGCGGACGCGUCGCCGAUGAACGCGGGCCUGCUGGCGGUGUCGGCGCUGCACGUGGCGGUGUGCGUGUGGAGCGCGUGCCGCACCUGCCGGCUGGCGUGCCCCUGCGCCCGCGGCUCGGCCGCCUCCUCGCGCUCCGACGGCAGCCGCGGCAGCUCGUGGUGCAGCAGCGUGGCCAGCGGCCGCCGCCGCCUCGUCUCCUCCUGGCUGGGCCAGCAGCACCGGCCCGCCGCAGCAGCCGCCGCCGCAGCCGGCGCGCCCCACGUCGUCCUGGUGGCGCCGCCGCUGCCGCCGCCGGGGCAGCCCAUAUUGGCUCCAUUGUAUGCCAUCCAGACACCAGCAACAAAAUUGCAACCAGCAUCAGUCAUCAAUUUUCACAUACCAGCAUCAUUGCCUUACAUGAAUCCGAUGCCAAAACAUCGUCAUGGACGACCUAGACCACAGUCAUUACCUUACAGUCAAAGUCUGGCUCGACCAAAAAGGAAACGGAUAGUAGAAGACCAGCGGAGACACCACACACUGGAUGGCAGGCACAGUAACAGUGUGCCUGCAAAAACUCAGCCAAAGAAGAAGAGACAAAUAACAGAGGAAGAAGUUGAGAAAACAUACACAGGUCUUGAUCGUAAUCUUGCAGAAGAGUUCAUCUCUAUCGCAAUGGAGCCUGGUGUUGGUAAGGAGAGACUGGCUCGAUCAGCAAGUGAUGGAGUCAGCAGCAGUUCACAGCCUCCUGCCAGCAUUUAGUCCUACUAUCACCGAGACUGUGAAUCAGAGUGAGAUGUAGGACCAUGUGUUCCAGUGUGUGAUUUCAUGUCAAGAAAGUUCAUAAAUUAGAAAUGUUAGACCACUUUCAGACUGAAGACUUGGUGUAAAUAUACAUGUGGACUGAUUCUACAACAAAAUGUGUGGAUUAUGCAUCCUGACAAAGAUCCAUGCAUAAACAAAGUGCAAUAUUUUCAUUCAGCUGAAUGAUUUGAGUUACCACAACAUAAAGGAAGUUAUUGUCAUAGAUUUAUUUUUAACAUCAUUUCUUCAUCAAUUUAAUGUACAUUCUAGUAUUGCAUCUGUGCUUGUGCUUGUGCUUUGUGUGUGUGUGUGUGUGUGUGUGUGUGUGUGUGUGUGUGUGUGUGUGCGUGUGUGUGUGUGUGUGUGUGUGUGUGUAUGUGAGAGAGAGAGAGAGAGAGUGUGUGUGUAUACAUGUGUGUGAAAAAGAGAGAGGAAGAGAGAGAGAGAGAUUGUUCCCAAUCAGCAUUCUCUCUACUGGUGUCAUUACAUUUUACUACAAAAUCAUGUAGGUACAGUUCUUUUGAAGAAUUUUGUACACUUCAUUAUACAGAUAAAAUCUUUAGUUGAACAUUACAUCUUAGAACAAAUAUAUGUAUGGCAAUAAGGAACUGACAAUUUUGUAUGAGAGUAACUGCAGAAAUUUUUCAUAUACAUACUACCCAUUUCAGAAGAGUUACACAAAAAUAAAUACAGUAUUAUAUUUGUAAGAAAUACAAACUGAAAUCUAUUAUUGUAUGGGAUUGCUGGCACAAUAUUUUAUCUGUAAAGAACAAUAAAUAGU